GGAAAUAGGAAAAUUAGACAGGUCUAUCACUUGAUACUGAGUGAGUGAGGUCUAUCACCUGAUACUGAGUGAGUGAGGUCUAUCACCUGAUACUGAGUGAGGUCUAUCACUUGAUACUGAGUGAGUGAGGUCUAUCACGAUGGAAUUUAAUAGUAUAUUAGAAUAGAAUGAUAGAUUACUGAGAGUCCAGCAAUCUAGGAGGAUAGAGGGGGGAGUUGGAGAAGGUCAGACAGAAGAAACCUGGCUGAGGACAUGGUGAAUGGAAAGCACACAUUGAGAGAAACAGGAGUGAAAGCAGGCUGACCUUGAGAGCGGACCGUGGAGAGAACUGCCUUCCCCUCUAACCCAUAUUAACAGGUUCCAGUCCUGAUUUAGACUUUGAAGAAGACAGGGGGAUUUUUUUCAAACCCCCCUGUGAAAUGCUGAUCAAUAUGAACAUGGGAGUCAAAGAUGACAGCUUACACUCAGCGUCUCCUAUACAGUUCAACGGAUCUCCAAUGCCGGAACAUUAUGCAACUGUGGAAAUCCCAGCCCCUCCACCACCGCCUCCCCCAAACUUGAACUUGUCAGGGCCUCCUGGAAGCCCGUUUCCAACCUUUGACACAAAACGGAGGUCACGCCUACGGAACUUUAAUUGGGAGGCUAUUCCAUUGGAAAAGGUAAAAGGUCGACCCAGCCUAUGGAGUUCAGAGACCUUUCAGGGUGACCUACAAAUUGACACUAGAAGGAUGGAGGAACUUUUCGGGAAGCAGGAAAAAGAAAUACAGCAAGGAUCACCUCGUACGCGUAGAUCCCUUUCUCUUGGAGAUACCCAGAUGACCAAGGUUUUUCUGUUGGAUUCACGAAGGAGUAUGAACAUUGGCAUCUUUCUGAAACAGUUUAAAAGAUCAGCUGCCGAGAUAGUUGAAGACAUAAAGAGAGGAAACGGGGAUGCGUACAGCUCUGAGAGAUUAGGUGAAUUGUUGAAACACCUGCCAGAAAGGGAGGAGGUGAAACGUCUGAAGUCAUUUCAGGGGGAUAAGGAAAGACUGAGCGAAGCAGACAUCUUCAUGUUACUGCUUCUGGACCUUCCAAGCUACGCGUUGCGUCUGGAAGCGCUGAUUUUCAAGAAGGAUUUCCACGCAAUUGUACUCUCUCUGCUGUCUACAGCCCGAGAACUAAAGGGAGCUGCGGAAGAGCUGCUGCAAUGUACAGAACUGCACUACAUCCUCCGGCUCAUACUAAAAGCAGGAAACUUUAUGAAUGCGGGUGGAUAUGCUGGUAACGCAGCCGGCUUUCGAGUUUCAUCCCUUCUCAAACUCGCUGACACAAAGGCAAACAAACCUGGAAUGAAUUUACUGCACUUCGUUGUGAUGGAAGUCCAGAAGAAAGAGGCAAGAUAUCUCUCCUUCGCAGAUCGACUGAAACAUGUCAGCAUCUCAAGCAGAUUGUCAGAAGACGGGCUGCUGGAGGAGUUUUGCAAGCUGCAGUCCCGAGUCACUUCUAUGCGCCAGAUUCUGAGAGAUCCAGAGCAGAAAGACGUUAGACAGCAGAUGGAUGAGUUUCUAGAGUACGCCGAAGAUAAACUACGAGAGGUUCAAAAGGAAAUUGAAGUGCUGCAAAACUCUAAGCAUCUACUGAUAGAAUUUCUCUGUGAAGACGAAGAAACCUUUCACUUGGAAGAAUGCUGUAAGAUAUUUAGCUGUUUCUGCCAAAGAUUUCAGCUGGCCAUUAAAGAAAAUAAGAUCCGUGAGCUAGAAGAACAGCGACAGCAACAAUGGGAGAAGAAACGUUUAGAAAAGAGGCAUUCCAUGGCUUCCUGCAGUUCUCUGGAGCUUUUGCGUGAAGAAGAUGAGUUAGAACUCACCUUGGAGAGGAACCUACGAAAUUCACGUAAAACUGGCAGUUUCCGUCUGUGCAGAAUGCGCUCCUUGGGAUCGAGCUAUAUCUCCACUCAGAUGUCUCGCAAAAGUCAGAGUGAAAGAAUCCAGUAUUAUUGCGACCAGCAAAAUGCUGUCCAGAUGCGUGAGGUCUCUGAACGAGUGUUGAGGCAGCAGAUGGGAUAUGCAGCUUACAAGGAUUUCUACAAGUCAAAUGCUGUCAAUGUUUGUAAUGUACAUUCCAUUGAUACAAGGAAUUCUGUUACAACAAAGCAGUCUCCAACCCAAACAGAUCUUCAAAUUCCCAAUCAAUCACCAGACCAGACUAAAUUGAGGAUUUCAAGACAAUUACUUGUGCUCAAGGUGGCGGAUACCACCAGUCCGUUAUUAAGUCAGUCUUGUCCUGAUUCUCUUGGAUAUCUACAAAAUAAGUCUCAAUCUGGAACAUCAAAACAUUCUCUGUUGCAAUCUGAAACUGAAGCUUUUAGGCCGUCAAAUGCCCUCUCUGAACUUAAGUCUUCUCAAUAUUCCCUUGCCAAGUCUGAGGGAACUUCAGGUAGUACAUUGCUAAAGCAAGAUGCACCUCUGGUCCUCAACCAAACAGUAGACAAUUCAAAACUUGAAAUAACAGAACCAUUACCAGUGAAGGCUGAGCUGGGUCUCCCCCAUGACUUAAUUGACCACACUGGAAUUGAUUUUUAUAACAAAUCACUAACUCAGCCUACAGAACACAACUGUCAACUAUUAACAUCACAGUCUGCAUCAAUUAACCCCCAAGAGAUAGCAUGCCAGUCUGCAUCUGAUAGGUGCCAACAGGUAGUAUGCCAGUCUGCAUCUGAUAACCCCGAACAGAUAGUAUGCCAGUCUGGAAAUGAUAACCCGAAACAUGAACUAUGCCACGGCCAGUCUGCAACAAAUAACCCACAACAGAUAGUAUGCCAAUCUGUGUCUAGUAACUCUCAGCAGAUAAUGUGCCAGUCAAAGACAGUAUAUCAGUCUGCGAUUGAUCAUCCGAAACAGCUAGAAGCACAGAUUGAAAUUGAUAAUCAAAAACUAUUCGUAGUCCAGUUUGAAACUGAUAAUCCCAUACAGUUUGUAGAUCAGCCUGGAAUUGACAAUCAGAAACCGUUAGAAGCCCAGUUUGAAACUGAUAAUCUCAAAAUGUUAGCAGCCCAGUCUAAAACUGAUGAUCUCAAAACGUUAGUAGCCCAGUAUGACAUUGAUAAUUCCAAACAGUUCAUUGUCCAGUCUUCAGAUGAACCUCACAGACAAUACAAAACCAAUCAUGCACCUGAUAUUCCAAGUCAUUUAUCCACUCAGUCAGUAUCAAAAUUUCCCUUUCAACCAAUGAGCCAGAAAGAGACUAAACAUUUAUCACCUGAAACAGAGACUCAGAGACAUUCUGUCCAGGACAUACAGGAGUCACUCAGGCACACGCAACCUGAGCCUCAAACUAAAAAAAAUAGCCACGUGCAUUCCCAGUCUGUACUUGUUACCUCAAUAAAAUCAAAAGCACAAUCAGGACCUGAGACUCAAAAUGUUUUACUUCAGUCUCGACUAAAGAUUUAUAGACGAUCCCUGGCUAAGUCUGAAACUGACACUCCUGAUUCAUCACUCUUUAAAUCCGAACAAGACCAAUCACUAGGCCAGCCUGGUGAGGAGAUGUCCUGGACAAAAUUAGGAAAUUCUGCAAAAUGUCAAUUGCAAAAUAAUUCUGGGAUUAGGUCAACCAGACGUUUAACGUCCCAUUCUUGGUCUAAGAUUCCAAAACAUUCUGGAGAGUAUGAUGCCUCAAUACUAGAGCCUACAUAUAUGGCCAGUAACCAAAUGUCUCAGAAUCUCAAACCGAUAUUUUCCCAGCCUGAAACUGACACCACACAAUGUUUAGAUCAGUCUCGGUCUGACCAUUCAAUAUGCCAGGUGGCAAAUGAUGUAACCCCGCAGUCAUUAACCCAGGAUAUGCAAGGGUCUGACUUUGACAGACAAUCAACAGACCAGCUAGAACUUGGGACAGCCACAGAUUCCUCAGCACAGUCUCGACCUGUUCCUUCCAUAUCCUCAAUGCCCCAAACACCAAAGGAUGCUGCCUCUCAGUCAUUAAGCCAGGAUAAACAAGAGACUCAAGGACAAUCAUCAGAGCAAUUAAGACAAGAUACUAGCAAGAAAUCACUUGCCCAGUCAUAUCAGAAAACCUCCAAACAAUCACUACACCAGUCUACGACCAAAAUUUCAAGGCAAUCUAUACCAAAACCUUCACCCAAGAAUCCCAGAAAAUCUCUAGAUCAGGUUGACUCAGAGACCAGCAUUCCGUCUACAUCGGAUAUUCCCAAACAUACUCUAGCAAAACCCGGUAGUUUCAACAGUAGAAUAAAACUGACAGAGCCAGUGUCUGUCCGACACGAUAUUAAAGCAAAAGAAAUAAAUGUUCAGAUACCAACCACAGAAGACAAGUUGAGGGAAUCACAGAAUGGGACUGCACAAACAUCAAAGGUAGGGGAAGAUUUUGAAUGCAAGUCAUUAACAAAGGUUCUAAAAGAUGUAUGCACAUCCGUACAUACAGAUAGUCCUGACCCAUGCUCCAAAUGGAAGAAAGAGUUACAAAAUACGUGUGAUAGAGACGAUUGUGUGAAACGAGAAUUGAAAACAGAAAGAAAUAGUUCAAAAGCAGACUGGGAAGAUUUGGGACAAAGAAGUGGUAACAAUCCAAAGAACUCCUUACUAGGAAGAGCUGGAAGUAAUACUUGUAAAAAGUCAAAAACCAAUGAAUUUGGGUAUAGAGUAAGAAGAGUCCACUCAGACAAAGAGGUGCCUUCAGUCAGCAUACAAGGUGUGGGAAAUGACACCAAACAAAGGAUGCCCACUUUCAAACAGACACAAAAUGUGAGCCGAGACAGCAAGCUACCCCAGAAACUUUCUCAGCAUGGUGGUGGGACAUUGAAACCAUGCUCCGGCAAGAUAAUGGCGAGUGCCAAGGUACAAAAAGAGAUUCCUCAUCUAAAUACUAAUGAAUAUAGUAAAGUUUCCGAUCGUAAAUGUAGCCCGUCGGUAACUGUCGGUAAAUCUGUAGAUGGUUCAUUGCAUAACGGUGAGCCCAGUAGGGAAUCCGAUUGGCCUUCACAAGUGACAUCUAAAAAAACAAAUUCCACAGCUCGGUUGGCAAUUCGUGUUAUCAAAAAUUGCGAGUUAAGCUCCUCAUUACCCCGUGGGUCAAGGAACCUGCAUGUGGACCCUCAGAAAAUCUGGAGGUGAGAUUGAGAACUUACAGUCACUUUUCUAACUUGUGAACCUCUUUAGAACCUCACAUUAUAUUGCCACCUUCUGUACAAUCAGACAGACAUGAUCUUAGUAUGGAGACAGUUGUCAAGCAACUCUGGACAAAACCUCAAAAAGAGAAGUGCCUUUACUCUGAUACUUUUUUAUAAGCGCAGACAAGCUCGUGGGAUAGGUUCUCGAAACCUCAUUUAUUGGUUUGUUUCUGCCUGUCAACUGUGUUUUAUGCCCUUUUCUCUGAAUAUCUAGCCCUGCAGUUUGUUUUAGCACUAUUUAAAUAAAAGAUAAUAAUUAAUGUAUCCUCUGUAUAAUGAAAUGUGACCAGCUACAAUCGCGACAACGAUCAUAACUAGCUUGACAAGCGAUACAGUUUGGAUAUUAAUGGCAAAGAGGAACUGAUUGGUGUAAAGGGAAACUUGCAUUGUGUUGGUUUUAAAAACAGUCGUCUGUUCCUCUGGCUGUGACACACAAACGGUUCUGGUUUUAAAUCUAACACAAGGUACUCAAUGUUAUAACACUAUAUUUGUGUGUGUGUGUGUGUGUGUAUAUAUAUAUAUGUAUAUGUUAAUUUUUGUAUGUAUUUAAAAUCUAGCAAAUUAGCAAAAUAUAGAAUGUUAUUUAUUUAACUCAAGUUUCAAACAUGCAGACGGAGCUAGAAUUAUCCACUUUUUGACACUUUAGUGUGUUACUGGGAUAUUUUCAGGAGCACGAACGUUAACCAGUAUUGUUGCAUUUUGAUAUUUUUGUAUGCAAAAUAAAUGGCCUUUUUUUUCCAUAGGAAUGCCAUAGUUUACACUAAUGGAGAGGAGGAAUAAUACUGGCUAAAAUUUUGUAAUGCAGUUUUUUUGUAAAAAGAUUCUAAGUAUUGUCACAGAGUUUAAUUGACCAGUUGCACUGCUUAACAUGGUAA